GUGACGUUAGUACGCUAGUGUGCGUGGUGCGCGCUCGGUGAUUGGCUGUGUGCGGUGUCACUGAUGUUAGCAUGUUAGCAUGUUAGUGAUGGUAGCGCUGGGGUUUGAACGCGUUGCCGAGCGUGAGCUUUAAUCUGAGGCCUAAACUCGAGCUGUAACGGUAGUUUACUGACGAUGAGACCCGCGGCAGCGCAGCAGCACCUCCACGUUUAACACCGUUCUGUCACCAUGAUCAUAGAUAACGUGGACGCGCUGAAGUCCUGGCUGGCGAAGCUGCUCGAGCCGAUAUGUGAUGCUGAUCCUUCAGCUUUGGCCAACUACGUUGUUGCUUUGGUGAAAAAAGACAAACCAGAGAAAGAGCUGAGGGCUUUAUGUGCUGACCAACUGGACGUGUUUCUGCAGAAAGAAACCACUGGCUUUGUGGAGAAACUCUUUGAAAGUCUCACCACUAAAAACUACCUGGGAAAUCCUCCUGCUAAAGAAAUUCCUAAAGAAGAGACAAAAGCUUCAGCUCCAAAGCCUGCUGAAACAGAAGAGAUGUCACUCUCUAUUCAGGUGGGUCAUGUGGAGGAUGAGAAGGAAAGCAGAAGACGACGAAGUCCACUGAGAAAUCGCUCAGACUUCAAUGAAUCAAGGAAUCGAGACGAGCGGCGGAGAGACGAGCGCAGACGACGGGAGCCAGAGCGCCACGGGAAGAGCAGCGAGAUGUACAGAGAGAGGGAACGGGAACGAGAGAGAAAUGACCGGAGGAGAGCAAGCUCACGAGGACGCAGUCGCAGUAGGAGUCGCAGUCGCAGCAGCAGCAGAGGAAAGAGCAGAGACCGAGAGCAGAGACGAGAACACCGGUCCAAAUUUGAGCAGGAGCGGAAGGAGCCAGAGGCGUAUACUACAUUAUCAUCAGGUCCCUUAGGGAAACCUCAGCAGCAGCAGCAGCAGCCUCCGCAGCUCCCCCUGCUCCCGCUGCCCCACCCUCGCGCUCCGUUUCCCCCCUUGGGCAGUCCCAGCAUCCCCAACACUGUAUCGGCUCAUUUGCCCGACAGCACCACUGAGAACUGGACCACUUACUACUCUAACCAUGCCGAGGGAAAGAGCGGCCCGUUGAAACACCGCUGCAGGGAUUAUGAUGAGAAAGGAUUUUGUGUCCGCGGUGACCUUUGUCCUUUCGACCAUGGCAACGACCCUUUGAUUGUGGACGACGUCGCCCUGCCCACUAUAAUUCCCUUCCCUCCCCCUGGCAUUCCCCCUCCCCGGAUGCCCCUCCCCAUGCCCCCCAUGGUAGAGCCCCUCCCUGUUAUGCCCAUGCCAAUCCCACCCCACGGGCAGCCUCCGCCACCAGGCAUCUACCCCAUGGCAGGACCGCCUCUAAUCCCAACCAGUGGGAUAGAGACUCCACAUCAUGUACGGACGAGCACCUCCUCCUCUCUGGCUCCACCUGGAGUAAACCCUCCUCCUCCUCCUCCUCCUCCACCUCCUCCUUCUUCAUCCUCUGCUAUUUCUUCUGCUUCUCUACAUCCUCAGUACACUCUGUCUGAAUACAGUUAUGAUCCUGAAGCAUAUAAUCCGGAAUCUCCAGCUAUUACUGGGACAGGCCGAGCUCAGUACCGACAAUUUAUUCCUCGCAUUCAGACUCAGAGACCCAACUUGAUCGGUCUUACGUCAGGAGACACUCAGAGCUCCAGAGCUGCUAACAUAGUAAUCCAGACUGAGCCUUCGAUAUCCAUUGCCACAAGCGGUGAGGUGAGACACGGCAUGGAGCUCGACAGCAGGACGAGAUCCCUGGAAUCUGGAAAUGGGCCUCAGGCCAAAAAGCCCUGGACUGACAAGCAAAAUUUUAACAAUCAGCACAAGUCACCCUUCCCCAAGAAGAACCACUACGUCAACACCAAACUGGAAGUUCGCAGAAUUCCCCGUGAACUCAACAACAUAACCAAACUAAACGGACAUUUCAGCAAGUUUGGGACCAUCGUGAAUAUACAGGUGGUGUUUAGUGGUGACCCGGAGGCAGCGUUGAUCCAGUAUACGGCCAACGAGGAGGCACGGAGGGCGAUUUCCAGCACAGAGGCUGUGCUCAAUAACCGCUUUAUCAGAGUGUACUGGCACAGAGAGAACACGACACAGAACCAGGAGCAGACCAACCAGAGCACCAGCCUCAGCACACAGAUAAACCCUGUGCAUAAGGUUAUUAAUAAGCCCCACACACCUGGGUCCUAUGUGCUGAAUAAGAGCUUCCCUAAACAGCACAGUACCUCCGGUACCGUGCCUGCGGCCGGGCUCGACCCACUCAGUCCAGCUCCAGAGUCCUCACUGGCACUUGCUCCUGCUUCUACACAGCAGAAAGGUCUUUACUCACGGACAGUGUUUAAACCUGCCCCAAAGGCACUGGGUAAAGCAGCCAAAGCCUUUGAGGAUCAGGAUGUUCUGAAAAAGAAGCAGGAGGCGCUGAAGCUGCAGCAGGAUAUGAAGAAAAAGAAACGAGAGAUGCUGGAAAAGCAGAUAGAGUAUCAAAAGGUCUUGAUAAAUCGUCUAGAAAAGAAUCGUGGGAUGAGGCCAGAGGAGCGAGCAAACAUUAUGAAGAUCUUGAAGGAGCUCACAGAGAAGAUCUCUCAGCUGAAGAACGAGAUCAGUGGUGUUUCCCAGUCUGUUGGCAAUGCUGCUCAGCCCAAAACCAAAACAGAUGCACAGAAGGAGCUGCUGGAUGCAGAGUUGGACUUCCACAAAAAGCUGACGGCAGGAGAGGACACUACAGACCUGAGGAGGAGACUGGGUCAGCUGCAGGUUGAGGCAAAGCGGUUAGGACUGCUAUAUGGAGGCAGAGCGAAGCCGCCAGUAAGUGCGAGUCGAGGCAGAGGCCGAGGUAGAGGAAGGAGCGGAAGAGGCAGAGGAGCUCCCAGUCAUAUGGUGGUAGAUCACAGACCUCGUACCCUCUCCAUCCUUGGAGUCACACAGGAGGAGAAGGAAGAGCUGAUGCCACACUUUGUGAAAUUUGGAGAGAUUGAAGAGCUUCGUUAUCAAGACGCUACCAGCGUUGUCAUGACGUUCAAGACUCGCAGUGAAGCAGAGAAUGCUGCAAAUCAAGGGGCAAAGUUCAAAGGGCGGAUUCUACAAAUCUCCUGGUACAAACCCAAAACCCCAUCUGUCUCCACUGAGCCUGAAGACGUGGAGUCAAAGGAAGAGGUUAAUGUGGAGUCGGUGAGUCCUUUCUUGCUGCCAGAGGAGGAAGAAGAAGAUGACGAUGAAGAUGACGAUUAUGAAAGUCGCUCAUGGAGGCGAUGAAAACAGAAGUCAAGACAUUAUUGCUCUUUUUUAUUGAGUAAAGUACAGCAUUUUUAAGAAGCUUAUUUAAGUCUGUAAAAAAAAUUUUCAAGAACUGGUUUUCAGUAUUUUUAGAGUUUGGAUUACAGUGUGAUGGACAGUGAUGGACAGUUGCUCUGUUAAAGACUAGAUGAAUGUGAGUUAUCUAGAACAUGUUUCUUUUAUUCUAAACCUUCAGCAUAAGUUACCAGUUCAUACUUUUGCUGAGACAGAUAUGGAAUUAACUAAUUGAAUAUUGUUUCACUGUGAUUGGUCUGACAUCAGUAAUUAUUUUAUGACUACUGUGAAGAUUUUUGGAAUCUGCCCACAAACUAAAUGGUGUAAGAGGUCUAAAUAUAUAUAUAUAUUACAUUACAUUACAACCCCAACAGUUUAUUACUCUUCUAGCUUCCAGAUUUGUGGUGCCACUUGAUGUAAAUAUGAACUCACUCAGUGUGUGUGUCUGUCUGUUUAUCUUGUGUGUGUCUGUGUGUGUGUGUGUGGGUGUGUGUGUGUGUGUGUGUGUGUCUGUCUGUGUGUCUGUCUGUCUGUCUGUCCGUCUGUGUGUGUCUGUCUGUCUGUCCGUCUGUGUGUGUGU